CCCGUGAGGAAAAUGCCACAGAUGCGCACGUGGACGCCCUCACCAUGCUGAAGCACGAGUCCACUCCCCUGCCAUCUUCUGCGAAUUCCACACCAAGCAGUCCCGUACGUUUUGGAAAGAAUGACGGGACCAAUAGCGGGACCAAUAGCGGCUCGCACAGCAGUAGCAAGAGCUCUCUGGGCCAGAAGAUACGCAAAUUCGUUAGGGAUCGCAAGGGACCUAGUCGCGCUAGUGUUGAUGCGAGUGUCAAUGCGAAUGUCAAUGGCACCGGCGUGGUGAAGAUCAAUGGGUGUACUAGUUUCAGCAACUCGGUAUUGGUUGGUAGUAACACGAGUAACCAGCUCACGGGUGGUGUGGAGGAGAACGAGAACGGCCAACACAGUAGCAGUGUUGCGGAUUUUACAGCAGAGUUCAUGCGAGAGUUAGCCACAGCGCGUGGCAGUGCUAGUAGUGCGCAACAACCGGCGGGCAAGAGCGAGAAGAAGAAAGAAAAGAAAAAGUCCAAGAAGGCGAAGGCCACAUCAGACAUCAAGGGGGAGAAAUGCGACACCAAACAGGAGAAAUGCAACAACAAACCCUUGAGAUCAGACUAUACAUUCGACAAAUACGAUCGAUACAACAAUCCUAGUAAUGGGGCCACAAAGUCCCGAGCCGCGGGCAGUAGCGAAGUAGUCAACGCUCGUGGACCACGUUUAGUGGUGGCCCAGGCGGAUACUAAACAAACACGAGGAGUUGAGAGAGUCACAGAAACGAAUCAAAAGCGCGUGUCUGGCAUGUCUAUGAAGGCAUGUAUAUCCAAGCACGGAUCGCUAUCCUCAGCCAUUCAGGAAAUUGGGUAGGUUA